UGGCGAAAAUUGUGUGUCGCCGAGUGGGCAGGUCUGUUUGUUAGAGAAAAUGUGAAUGGUAGCUAAAUGUCAUUUUAAAAGAUACAAGACGAACCAGCAAACAAAAUGGGAAAACAUAGAUCGCCACAACAGAACGUAAUUUUCAUCGAAUUUAUGGAAAAACACUCCAACAUUGCGCGAGGCCAUACGAACCGAAAUAGGGCUGCUGCCGCUGCGGCUUGGGAGUCGCUUACCGCGCAAUUGAAUGAAAAUGGCCCUCCGUGUAAGACCGUCGAAGAAUGGCGACGAGUUUGGAAGGACUGGAAACAGUCAAUAAGAAACAAAAUUGCGAAAAACAAAAGGGAAAGCAGCGCGACUUGUGGCGGCCACUAUAAUCAUGUGCCGCUGACGGCCGCAGAGAAUGCAAUUGCCGUCCUGCUUAAUAUGUACGACGUAGUAGACGAGAUUGACGAGGCCCAGGCUGAGGAUGACGAGAAUGAGCAGUCUUCGUCUACCGAACUUGAGACGACACAAUAUAAAAGGAAUGCAAGUUGUAUGGAUGAUUCAGAAAUGAGGUUCUAUAGUCAUGACAGCAGUCCCGAGGCUCCAACCAAAAAGCGUAAGAUCGAUUUUAGACAUUCGCGAAAGUCUGCGGCAAAACGGGAAGCGCUCGCAACAGAGAAAAUCUUAGCAUUAAGAGCCAUCGCAAAAGAGUUCCACAAUUUGAAGAAGGCUCAUAAGUCGUCCACAAAAACGAUUGUGGGGCUGAUGAAGAAGCAAAAUGUACUGCUGGAGAAACUAGUCCAGCAAAAUUCGAGAAGAGAGUAAAAAUGUUAAAAAUAAAAUUAAUAUGUAAUAAGGAGCGUAA